AUGCCCCCGAGAACACUUUACUUUGUCCGUCACGCUCAAGGAGAACACAACGCACAGCACGAUGAUAGUAUCCCUGAUGCGAUUUUGACUUCCCAUGGAAAAUCGCAAUGUCGCGAGCUCAGCACCUCAUUCCCCCGUCAUGAUUCAGUGGCAUUGGUUGUCUCAUCGCCUCUACGCCGUGCUCUUCAAACAGCUAUACACGCUUUCGCACCUGCCUUGCACAGAGACGGAGUGAAGGUACUUCUACAGCCAAUGGCGCAGGAAAUGAACGCAUUUGCCUGUGAUGUUGGUACAGACAAAGAUGAGCUACAGAGACAAGUCAAAGCUGAGGAGCUUUGGGACGCGGGACUCGGCGUUCCCAGCGAGAAGGUUGACUUUGAUCUGGUCGAGGAGAGUUGGAACUCCAAGGGCAAGUGGGCACCAGACAGAGCGACUGUGCAGAAGCGUGGUGCAAAGCUGCGCUCGUGGCUGUACGGUCUUAAAGAAGAAGUCGUGGUUGUGGUCUCGCAUGGAGGCUUCUUGCACGCUCUGACCGAAGAUUGGAACGGCUUCAAUGCUAGCGCUGAAUUCGUGUUCACCGAGAAGUCGACACAUAGCAGUGCGCAUGUUGUCAAGAAGGCAACACUAACCCCGAAGCUGAGCGGACGAGAAGAAGAACCUCAUGUCGUAAAAGAGGUCGAAGACGCGGGUCUGGCGGGCAAGUAA